AUUCUUUUCAAGAGAGAAUGAAAAAACGGAGCGCGACGGGGGGAGCUGUUGGUGGUGCUGCGCGAGCGGAAAGGCGUCAUUUUAGCCCAAAUACGAGUCACGCAAAGAGCGGCACGAGCGUCGGCGAACACACGCCGUGCAAAGAAAGCAAAGCAAAGGAAAGGGGUGGCGCCGUAAAAACGUCAAAAACAACAACAUUUUUUUUUUUUUGCCGUACUGUGAAGGGUACGAGCGUCGCUUUCAUUUUGCACUCCGUCCGCAUCACCACCACCACCACCACAAUCAUCAUCAUCAUCAGCAACAGCAGCAGCAGCAGCAGUAAUAACAGCAAAGCAACCUGGAUGGCUGCGUCUUUCUUAAUGAUCUACCGCACGAGGCAUCGCCAGGGCUGCGGCGAAGGUGCGCGAUCGCACGCGGGCGUCGUUUUCACGCGCGGCUGUCAGUGAAGCGCCUCCCAAAGCCGUCGCGUGCGCUUCCUCGCUGAAGAUCCAGGGACAGGCCGCCGUCCCAAAUCUGUCUUCAUUUGAACAAAAAGCAUGACACUGUGUCCUGAUCACCGGAACUCCACAUCGGUUGAAGUUUAACCGCCUUAGAAGCAAAACAAAGGCCGGAUCUUCUUUCAGUGAAUCUCUGGAGACCCCCAAACCGGGCGAUGGAUAACGCAGCAGUCAGUCUACAUACGAAUAAAUUGCACCUGGCUGAAAAGCUAAUUCAUCGCAGGGGAAAGGACGCAGGAUGUCAAAGGCACACAUUUGACAGUGGUUACUUUCACUUCGCACCCACUUCUAAGCGAACAUUGGCCUGUGAAUUGAUGAACCUCAGCUUUGAGAGCCAAUAGAAAUCAGUAAGGAUGAAAAUGCGACGCCACAGAGUGUUUUUACUUUGCACCGUGGGGCUGUGUGUCAUUUCUUUUCUACACUACUACAAAGCCCUGCAUUACGUGUCCCUGCUACGAGAACUUACGGCACCCUACCCAAACAUCAAGUCCUUUAUAAUGGUGACUGGAUUCUUCUGGAAAGAGAAGGCCACUCCACUGUCUAGUGCCUCUCCAGAAGAGGCACCCCCACCUGUCUUCAGACCCUCCGAGACCAGGCACCGGGCUCAGGAAGGAACCAGGGGCAUAGGUAAAGGAGUGGAGUUGAACAUCCCUGAAGAACCAAGAGCACCACAGCCUUGGGUAAGACCAGAGGAACCGCAACAGAAGGAUCCAGACCCAGGGAAGGAAGACAUGAAGUUGAUCAUGUGGCAACCCAGUAGUGCAGUGAGACCACGAUUGGACCUUGCGAGAUCAAAUGCUCCCAGCAUGGUAGUGAAGAAGCAGGAACCCCAGCAUGCAUCAACUCCAGACCCAGUCAUGUUUCUGGGUGAUUUACACAAGCGCCACUUCAUCCUCCAGGAGGACAGCACCCCGUACUUUGUCCGAACCAAAGCUGGCGCUCUGUGUUUCCGGCAGGGGACAGAGAUAGUGCCCCCAAGAGAUGAUUCUGGGGCAAUCAAAGGUAAGCCUACAGUGACUGGGGGUCUUCAUAGGAGCAUCUUGCAAGUUGCAGAGGACUCAAAUACUCAAACAAAAUUGGUGGAAGACUCCAGUACCAGACUUAAGCCCAAACGUGGCAAGCGUCUUGUGAAGUGUGUAUGCCGUUCUGGUUGGCAUGGUCCCUACUGUGGUGUGCCUACAAUGGUGUACCACUCAAACCUGCCCACCAAAGAAAGACUGACCCCUCGUGAAAAGCCACGGCGUGUAAUUAAUGCCAUCAACAUCAACCAUGAGUUUGACCUGCUCCAUGCCCGAUUCCACGAGCUGGUUGAUGCCGUUGACCUCUUCCUUGUAUGUGAGUCCAACUUUACAGCAUAUGGAGAGAGGCGCCCGCUGAGCUUUCUGCAGCUACUGUUCAAUGGCACUUAUGACUACAUGCGUCAUAAGAUCCUUUAUGUGUUCCUGGACCACUUUCCUGAUGGUGGCCGGCAGGAUGGCUGGAUUGCCGAUGACUAUCUUCGCACUUUCCUUACACGGAAUGGCAUGAGUCGAGUGUGGGGUGCACGGCCUGAUGAUGUUUUCCUCAUAAAUGACGCUGACGAGAUCCCGGCCCGCGAGGGCAUUCUUUUCCUCAAGCUUUUUGAUGGCUGGACUGAGCCGUUUGCCAUCCACAUGCGCAAAUCUCUCUAUGGCUUUUUCUGGAAGCAGUUGGGUUCUCUUGAAGUGGUUUCAGGAUGCACAGUAGGGAUGCUCAAGGAGGUCUAUGAAAAUGACGGUAUCCGCUUGCGCCGGCGCGAGUACUACACCUUGCCUAAUUUCCGCAGAUAUGAGAAUGACACAGGACACAUCCUGGUGCAAUGGUCAGUUGGAAGUCCUUUCCACUUUGCCGGGUGGCAUUGCUCCUGGUGUUUCACGCCUGAGGGCAUUCACUUCAAACUUGUAUCUGCCCAAAAUGGUGACUUCCCCCGUUGGGGCGACUAUGAGGAUAAGCGGGACCUUAACUACAUUCGUGAGCUUAUCCGUACUGGGGGUUGGUUUGAUGGCUCUGUGCAGGAAUACCCUCCCACGGACCUUAAAGAGCACAUGUAUGCCCCCAAGUACAUGUUAGAAAAUUAUAAGAGCUAUCGCUAUCUGCUGGAGAACCCUUAUUUUAAGCCUGCUCUGAAUGGGGGAUAAGGAAGAAAAAAGGUGGGGUUUAGGUGUAGUUCAUCUGGAUAAUAAUGGAAAAUAGGGUCCCGUGGACGUUAUCAGGGGAGGAAAAGAACCAAACUCUGCCUACAUCCCUUUUCCCCUUUCUUACUUAUUGGAUCAAACCCCAAAGGUUUAUUACCAUUAUCCCUGGCAGAGAAGGGUGGGACCAGCCAUGGCAAUGGAUGAACAUAAGUGAUUUUUUUUUUUUUUUGUUUGUUUGUUUCUAUUGCUGUUUGCUAAGUGGAUAUGCAGAAUCCAUCAAGUGACUGUAUCAGACCACUCCAUUAAUUAAGAAUUUAUUACACUAUGACCCUUUGUGUGAUAAGAUAAAGAGAAAGAGUGUGUGUUUGUGAUUGGCCUUCAUGGUUCUUGGUGCACUCCUAUAAUUUUUGCUUGCAGUUUUGAAAAAUGAAAACUAACUAUACAGAUUUCUCUUAUAUAUUUGAAUCUUUUUUUAAAAAGCACACUAGGCUGAUUGUGGCAGUCAGUGGAUCAAUUUCUAUAUGAAAGAGAUAAAUUGAAAAAGAGUUCUAAGUUUAAUUAGUAUAUGAAUGCAGCACUUUCGGGUCAGACACGGCUCCGAUUGCCGAAGCCAGUGUGGUGAUGUACUUUUGCACUCUUGGCCAAUAGCAUGAAGUGCACUCCGAGGGUUCAGUUAUGGAAAACGAAAGAUGGCAUUCUGCAGAAUAGAAAAGGAAAGGAAAAAAAGAAAAAAGUUGGAGCAGGGAGUACAGGGUAAGAUAGAAGUGGAGAAGAGGCCAAGAGUAGGUCUGUCCGUUCCCCUGCCUACGUAAAACCCAAUACAUUAUGGAUGGUGGUAAUGUGUGGCACAGCAGGAGACCAUUAGAGUUGAAGAGCAGGCCACAGAGGAGAAGAAAAUAGUCCUUCCUUCCUAUCUAUCCUUCUCUCCCUGCUCAUCUUUUUGUCGUGAGGCAGAUUUUGGCAUUUUAAAAUAUUUGCUGGGGAAAUGCAACAAAAACACAAUUAAUUAUUAGAAAUGUCAACAAACUCUUGUGACAAACCCAUUUGAGUUUGAAAGAUUUUUUUUCAGCAUUACAGGUAUAUGGAAUGUUAUGGAAAAGUAUUACAGUUACACAUAAUCCAAAUUUUCAUGUCCAUUUCUUGUCCAAAAAAAAUGCAAAAAGCAGGACAGCCUGGAAUGGGAAUACUGUGAAUGGGAAUAUGAUUAAAAUUGCUGUGAAAUGGACAGAUUUAAAUGGCCAGUGGUAAAUACUCCUUACAUCAGGUGCUGUGGGUGGUGGAAAAGUCAGGGCAGCCAAGUGAAAGAAAAUGCACACACUUUGCAAUAUAGAAGAAAUUCUCAAUGGAUACGUGUUCAACACAAGAUUUUUCAUUAGAAACAGAACUUAUGGGACAGCAUGGCUAGCAGUUUUCAUAUGAAGUCAAAUUUGUGUAUGGUCUAUCAUAAAUCAUCCAAGCUCCUGGUGGCAAAAUAUCUGGAUAUAUGGAUAAAGUCGAUAAGAAUGUUGCUAUCUAGACAAGCCCAAAUUAUUUCUCAUAUUAUCUUCUCAAGCAGCAGUGUGUUGUGUCAUUGCGGAAGCGUGAAAAGCGGGGUAGUAAACUAGUAGUGAUACGAAGGGAGGUAGAGGGAGAAAAAGAGGGAGUGAGCGAGAUCAGCAAAAUCCCAGCAUUCAAUUGAGGUCACAAAGUCCUUAGCAUGGGGCGUCCACAUCCCGUGUGUGUGUGUGUGUGUGUGUGUGUGUGUGUGUGUGUGUGUAAGAGAGAGGCAGUGCUCCCUGCUGCAGCAAAACCACUCAUGAGUGCCAAACGAAAGCAAAGCAAAGAACGGACACAUUUUCUAUGCAUUUUUGCUUUUAACUAAAUAACCAUGGUUCCUGCCAUGUUUCCUGUUCCACAGUGCAUCCUUCUUUCUGUCAAAACUUCUCACUGUAUCUGACACACACACACGCACAAACACAAACAAUCACAUUCCCCUCCCUUGUUCAUCUUCCUUGCCAGUUUUUGAGCUUUUCCUGACUGCCAAAAAUAACCUCGGCUUAAUGACGGUGGGAUUUUUCACCUCCUCCUCCCCCACCCUCACAUGAGCUGUUUGUGUAUGGUUUGUACCCUCCUCUGUCUUCACAUCAGAGGAUGAUGAGGGUUUGAUGGGCAUCGUGCUCUACCGGGCACACCAAGCUCUCCCCUGCUGUGUCAGGCUGGGCUGUUUCCAUGGUGACAUGCCAUCCUGCCUGCAAAGUGAACACCAUUCAGAACAAUGGGGCUACGUUUGCAUGCCUGAAUGAAACUUCGAUCUGAGUGAAAGGGGUUUAACAGUAACCUGUUAAACAGAUGAAUAAAUUGCAGUGUACACUUUGAAAUCAGAACGAUUAGCAUGGAUCUAAAAUUCAAUCGAAUUAGCAGGAUUUUGCUGAUAAAUUUGGCAGCUACUGAAAAUGGACCCAUCAAAGCCACAAUUUUGUAGUAGAAUAUCCCUGAACAUGAAAUCUUUAAGUAAUGAUUUUAGGUAAUUCAACUACUUUUUGCAGAGAACACCUAACACACUGAGCUACCAUAAGCUACUGUUAUAACAUGGACACUUAAUUCCACGCCUUCUAUACAUAGUGGAUUAUAUAUAAAACAUACUCGUAAAGAUCGAUUGGUAUUUGAUGUAAUCAGUUAUUCUUUUACAGUUGAAAGAGAUCAGUGAAACCCCUUAGCACAGCUUUAUUUUAGGACCAUAAUUUGACUAUUACAGGGCACGUGGCUUAGUGUUUAGCACGUUCGCCUCACACCUCCAGGGUCGGGGGUUCGAUUCCCACCUCCGCCUUGUGUGUGUGGAGUUUGCAUGUUCUCCCCGUGCCUCGGGGGUUUCCUCCGGGUACUCCGGUUUCCUCCCCCGGUCCAAAGACAUGCAUGGUAGGUUGAGUGGCAUCUCUGGAAAAUUGUCUGUAGUGUGUGAUUGCGUGAGUGAAUGAGAGUGUGUGUGCCCUGCGAUGGGUUGGCACUCCGUCCAGGGUGUAUCCUGCCUUGAUGCCCGAUGACGCCUGAGAUAGGAUGAUGAAUGAAUGAAUGAAUGAAUUUGACUAUUAAAAUAUUAGACUAUUAUCAUUAGUUAAAAUGUAGAAUAUUUUUCACUAUUAAUUGGCGACAUUUCAACUCAAAAAUCCUGUUGAUGAUCAAAUGCGUCCCUAUUUUAAAAACCGUGUCUUCACGUUCCACACUUGGUUUGAGUUCUGUUAACGGAUUGAAUUCUUUUUGCUUGACUGAAACCUGUACAUGUUGUGAAACGGAGCUCGGGUGACUCAGCGAGGAGGAGAGUUUAGGAUGUGUGUUUGACUGAAAUCUGAAGAAGGAUGCUCUAGAUGCCUGUGUUCUGCUGUCAUCUUUUGCUCUCUCUGUGUUACUGACGUAGUUUCUCAUUCCCCCAAGUGUGCACUUGCUCUGAGCGUUGAGCCAGAACAGCAAGAGGAUUAAGAGGAAGCGCAUUAAUAGCGUCGCCCUCUAAGCUGCUACGUUUGGGACAAAGCUCCUCUGUGCCCUGUCACAUCUGCAAUGCAGCAGUGCUGUGUUUACAACAGGGAUCCUGGAUCCUAACACGCGUUACAGAUGCAAACGCACAGCUGGAAAUGCGCUCACUUUGGUGACACGUCAGCCAAAGUGAGUCACUGUUGAACGAUAACAUAAGUUUAAAAUACUUCUAUACUUCUGGGCUAUGCUUCAUUCAGAAAGAAUGAAACCCCUGUGGACUACUCUCACUCGGUUCCUAAUAAGCACGUGAUUUUUGCCACUUUCCUGCAUCCCUCUAAACAUUCUUGUAAACUAGCAUCGUCAUAACAGGUUACUUAACUAGUAACCAGCUUCACUAGCAAGCUAGCUGGCACUUUUACUUCAGAACUAGCUGGAUAGUGUUACUAGAUUUAAUAACACACAAUAGUUUUUCUAACAACAUAACAUUAGCUUGCUUGACAGCAAAAUUAGCUAUUGCUGUUCAUGAAAGUUAGCAUAAUAUUAAUCUGGACAAUUAAGUAGCUGCUUUUCAUUACACGUAAUUGUUAGCCUAAAGUACGCCAGCCUUUAUUGAUGAGCUUUUGGGUUGGGUUAAACAAUAGAAUUGUUAGCCUAUGUUUUGUCCGUGAAAUACAUUAUGUGGUGUAAUAGUUAGCAUAAUGCCAGCUAGCUUGCUAGCAAAACUGACUCCUUUGCUUAUUACAGUAAUACAAAAAUAAUGCGCUAUAAUUAUCUUGCUAUUAUCACGAUGGCUAUUUGUCUCCUAGCUUUAACUAGUUUUUAAAUGGUUUGACUCCUUAUUUUGGCUGCUUCUUAGCUGCCUCCUUGUUUUGGCUGCUUAGUUGCUUCUUGGCUGUCUUUUUUUUUUUUUUUCUUAAGAUGUUUCCAGCAUUUUGACAUUCAGCACUGAAUAGAAAUAACCGAUCAGCUUUCAAGGAUCCCCACAAUAUUUAGGGACCCAGGCAAUUUCCCGUUCUAUAGAGAUGUUCAAAUUAAAAUAUAACAUCUACUCUUGUUGUGACCGGGACAUGAAAUUCACUCGGGCAAAAACAGGACGUGCGCUACAUGACCAGAUUAUGAUGAUCUGAUACGGUGACAGAGAAGAUAAGUGUAAGAAUUGCGCUGCAGGAAAUCUUUGCCAGCGUAAUAUAAACUUCCACAGGCAACUGAAAUCAGAAAUAUGAUUCUCGGUUCUGAAGGAGAAGGGGGAGGGUAGAAAAGCCUUGAUGUUUUCAGUUUGGAAUGUUGGCUAAGAGAAGGAAACUGCUUCGCUUUAGCUUCUGACAAAAAUGCAGCAACAUGCCGAAUGUAUAAGAUGUUGAAACUGAAGUUGUGAUGUUCUCUAGUGUAUUUUAUCCAGAAGUCUUAAUGUACAAACCCACAAGUUUAUGUACAAACUCACUCCACUUUAAAACAAGCAUUAAGGAUUCUCCGAUUCUGAUUGGUCGGAAUUUGUUUAAGAUUCUAAAAUUCAUUUCUUUAGUAACUAACAAUUAAAAUGCGCACUUAUAAAUGUGUUCUCUGUAAUUUGUACAUUUGCUUACAAAAGAAUGGCUUUUGAGGGAUUUCAGUUCAUUGGUUAACAGAUAAGGUGCAUUUUAUUGUCUUAACUUCAGAAAAAGAAAAACAGAAAGAGAGACCGUUUCUAGCUGUUGAAGAUUGUAAGAAGAUCAAACCUCUUGCAUGGACGUUUCACUGCAACAAAAUUAUAAGCAGAUAUAAAGUUUGUUGUGAUGUUCUUUAUUAAAUAAAAUAUUGUUAGAAAUACAGUAGGAAAUUGCUGUGGAAUGAGAGGAUUUAAGCACUUCUGGACAUGUUGUCAUAAGAAUGUAAAGACUACUGAAGCUCACUUUUUAUCAACUAGUGCUCUAGAGAAGGAACUAAAAAGGUUCCUGGAAUUAUGGCCUUAUACAACAGUUUGUGUGGAACAAAAUGCAAAGAUUUUGUAUCAUGGCUUCUUGUUGUGAAUAUAUAUCCCAAAUUUCAGAAUUUUGGUAAAUGUUCCUGUGGUGAAAAUGUAGCUAAACUCCUAAAAAAAAAUUCCUGUGGUGAAAAAACGUUGGUCACCUGAAAAGGUUCCAUCCAGUGUGCUGGAACCCCUGCAAAGUUUCAUGGCACGGAAAAGCUUCCAACGUCUCUAGAGGUUUUUUUUUCUAAUGGUUCUUGUGUUGAAUAUAUUGCCCAAAGUGCUGGUAUCCCUGAAAUGGUUCUUGGGAUGAAUAAACUCCCCAACUUCCUGAAUUCUUCUAAAGGUUCAUGUAUAGCCAAAGUUUUUGACAUUUUCCCAAGGUUCUUGUGCUGAAAAUGUUCCCAAAGUGCUGGUAUCCCUGAAACGGGUCCUGGGAUUAAAAAAAAGUUCCUCAGUUCCUGACAAGGUUUCUGAGGUAAAAACGUGCCUAUACAGAGAGACUGAGGGAGAGAAAGAGGGAGAGAUAGAAUGCUGGCUUUGUUUGUUUAAUGAAAGUCUAUGAAUCAAAACACGGCAUCCAUUUUAAUGACCUUAUAAAUGAUCCAAUUAUCUGACUUCUUAUAAUAGGUGAGGGCAAAUUAGCUCAAAUUGCUUUGAUGCUUUUUUUUUUGUCAUCCAUCCUGAGUAGGGGGAUGGGGAUGAGUGUUCAGUGGAAAACAAAAAAGCUUGGAAAGCCGGCGGCAUUAGAGGAAAUCUAUUUGGGCUGCUAGAGAGUGGAUGGUUCCUGAGAGGCAGAGAUUAUUUCUCUUUACAUCAUUAAAGUGCCACAUUUUAUUCGACUUUAUACAACUUAUACAGGCUUGUGAGUUAAGACGGAGUCCCGGAAGACUUUCGUUUGUUUGUUGAACGUGAUGUGAACGAGGGAUAGCUUGCUGAUUUUGGCUGCUGCCCAAACCUGUGGCUGUUCUUACUAAUCAUUGUAGAAAUUUCUCUUCUAUGGGAGUUGCACUAAGGAUCUCUCUCUCUCUCUCUCUCUCUCUCUCUCUCUCUCUCUCUCUCUCUCUCUCUCUCUCUCUCUCUCUCUCUCUCUCUCUCUCUCUCUCUCUCUCUCUCUCUCUCUCUCUUUCUCUCUCUCUCUCUGCUACAGAACAUCUUUGUCUUCUUGGGGUUUUUUUUGCUAUUCACUGUCAGUUGUAAUGAUUUAUUAGCCAGUUGUUGUACAUGUCCUCGUCGGUGUUUACAUGAAUUUGUUCUUUUAAAAAGUUAGUUAUAUUAUUAAAGUUAUUUCUGGAUGUGUUUAUCAAAAUUAAAAAGGGAAAAAAGAGAAGGUUAUGGAGCGGAGAUUUAUUUAAUCUAUAUCACCAGUAACCUUUUUUUUUUUGUUUUGUUCUAUCACUGUCUAUCUGUCUUUGACUUGUUCCUGUCUGUUCUUCCUGUUGAUGUAAAAUCAACAUUUUGUGCUGAUAUUACUGAAACGUAUCUGAUAUGCACUUGUCUUUUUAUUAUUAUUAUUAUUAUUAUUAUUUUUUAAUUUUAUUUUUUGAUUUUUUUUACCUGUGAAUUUUAACCCAACUAUCAGGGAUUUCUACCUGUCUACAGUAUAUGGUGAAUCUUUGUGUGUUUUUUUUUCCUUCUGUUUUAGGAGGUGAAGGCAUGAAACAGUUGGAUUCUGGGGGGAAAGAAAAAAAAAAAACACCACCUAAUCAAAUUAUAUUUUAACACAGAGCAGCAGUGAGGGUACAAAAUGUGUGUGUGUUUGUUUCAGAGCGUGUGUGUCCCAUAUGUUGUGUCAGAGUAGAUCAAAAGCGGUAUUGAUGAUUUUGCAUCCAGCGACAGAUGGACGGACACACGCGCGCGCGCACACACACACACACACAAACAGACUCAGAACACGCAUCUCAAACCAUUACCUGAUGCACUGUGUGUGUGUGAGACUCACCACACAAUCUUUCACAUUUGACUUUUCUCCUCUGAUCCACCAUUAAUUAGGUCAUUAUUCAAGGAUGCAGGUCUAUUCACGUACUGUGUAUAAUCUAUAUUAUCAACUCACUCACUAUGGAAGUCCAGCGAGGCCGUUCUGUUUUGUUUUGUUUUUGUCUCUUCAUUCCUGUUAUUUCCAGAUCAAAUAUGAAUUGAAUAAUUGUUAAUUUAUGAGAACACGAUUUGAUCUGGUGUAAUUUAUCCGGAAAACUGAGAGAAAAACGGUCCAGUGAAAGAUAAAGUUUGGUAAAUUCUUCAGCGUCGAGUUCAGUCGUGGAUUUAAGAACAUUUUCUCAUGAAUUAUUUUUGUUUAAGUGGUGCAGAAGAAGUGACACAAUGACUGAUGGCCUCUAUGGAUUUCACUAAAGCGCAUCUGUGUUUAUUUUCUAUUUUCUAUUUUUAUUUUCUGCAGUGAAUCGUCCAUCAGGUUUAAAUGUGAAUCUGAUGUUAUCAGUGAAAAAACAUUUUUUUGGAUUUUUUUUUUUUUUAUUUUAUUUUAAAUUCAGUACAUUUCUGUAAUAUAUUCAGUGGUUUAUACUCACGGCAGCUUGCUUUUUGUUUUUAUUUCUCUGAAAAUCUUUGCUUUGAUAAACCAAAAUUGUUUUCCUGUACAUUUUUAUCAAUCGAGCAGUUUUUUUUCCAUUGUUUCUUUAUGACCUUUUAUUUAUUUCUUUUUUUUGGUUCUUUUGCUAUUGUUUAGCCUCAAAACAUGACCAAACGGAUCACAGUUAUGUCACUCGAAGUCAGAUCGUAGCCACUAGAGGGCCCAAGACGCUUCAGAUGAACCUUUUCAGCCAUCAGUCCCACCGUCUGUCUCACUGCAGCGUCCAAAAGUGAGUGAUAAGGCACACAGUGAUCCCUGCUGACCCUCAGAGUUUAAUACAAACCUUCAGUGUCAAUAAAAACUUUAGUAAUCUCAGAUCCGGGUUGCCAGAUUUCAACAACAGCCUUCCUGUGAUUUUUGUAAUUCUUUCUUUUCUAAGAGUUUCUGGAUGUAUUUUAACAUUACUACACAACCUACAGGAAGGCAAGAGCAGUCUUGUCAUGUGUGUUUUUUUUUCUUUUUUUCCUCUCAAGCGGAUGUGGUUAAGAAAAAACACCCACUCAGUGUAAUUGUGUAUGUUUUCAGUGGCUUGGCAUCUCCUCUCUUCUCCUUUCGUGCUCACAGUUCUGCAUUUCUUUCUGCAUUUGUGUCCCAUUCAGGGUUCAAACCACUUCACUAAAAUAUCUUUCUCAGCAGAGUGAGAGAAAAAAAAGAAAAAAAAAAAAAAAAAGCUGAUGUAUUUACACAAAAGAGCGCAGACAUUUUUUUUUCCUCCUCUGUGGGUAAAGAUGAAAGAGUGUACAUUUAAGAAUUAAUAAGAAAGACCUUUUGUUCUGUAUAUGAAUGGCUCUAUGUUAACCUGAACAGAAAAUUAAUGAACUCUAUGACAAAGAAACUAUAAUAAAUUAAUUUUAAAAUUGU